AGUGUUAGUGAUCUAUAAAUUGUUGUGAUAUUAAUUCGUAAAACACACACAAUUCAAAAGGUGUUUAGCCACAAAGUAGAAACAUGCUUCUUCAUUUCCUCCUUUUUUUGUUCACAUUUCCUAGUACAAUAGCCCUGGAAGGUACUACCACAAACAACAUAGCAAUGCCAGGGUGUCCAACCAAGUGCGGGAAUAUUACAAUUGCUUACCCUUUCGGUCUUGGCUUAGAUUGUUCCCUAGACUACUCGUUUCACCUAUACUGCAAUAAUCUUCUGAAACCCCCCACGUUGUUUCUUGGAGAGCGCAACAUCGUAGUAUCCAACAUUUCAGAUUCAGAGGUACGCAUCUUCACUAUACCUUCUUACACAUGCUAUAACAAAAGUGGGUUUGUAUAUGAUGAAGAUUUACAAGGGAUUGACUUAAGCUCGGACGACGGGGUGUUCACUUUCUCGGUAAAGAAUAAGUUCACGGUUAUUGGUUGUGACGAUUAUGCUUUGAUUAAGGGGACCAACGGAUCAUUAAACUUUACUAGUGGUUGUUUUGGACUAUGUGCCAAAGCAGAUGAUGUGCCUAUUGGGGAGUGCUCGGGAAUCGGUUGUUGCCAAAUAUCCAUACCCAAGGGUAUCUCGUAUUACAGUACUACACUGCACUCUUUACGAAACCACUCAGAUGUAUUGUCUUUCAAUGGAUGUGGCUUUGGGUUUCUUGUUGAGGAAGGAAGUUUUAAGUUUGCUGGUGCCAGCGAUUUAUCUAGUAAUCGUUCGAUGGACUUUUCAUUUAGGAUGCAGGCCACUAUGCCUGUUGUGCUUGAUUGGGUAAUCAACCCGAAUGGACAUUGCGGAGAGGCUAAAGAAUGCCAAGGGAACAGUUCAUGCUAUGAUGUAGAUGGUGGCGGGUAUCGUUGCAAGUGCAAUAAUGGUUACGAGGGUAACCCUUAUCUUGCUCCAGGUUGCCAAGACAUCGACGAGUGCAACGAUCAUGCAACCAACCCUUGCUAUGGUAUUUGCAUUAAUACCAUAGGGAGUUACAAUUGUACCUGUGAGCCAGGAUUCGUUGGUGAUGCAAAGGUUCUAAAUGGUUGUUAUCGUCAUGCUAAAAAAUCAAAAUUAUCAUCGACCAUAUUCAUAUUUAUAGGUGUAAGCUUGGGUGUACUUUUUCUUAUUAUAAUCAUUGUAUUAUACAAAAAGAUUAAGAAAACAAACCAAAAGAGAAAAAGAAAGUGGUUUUUUCAACGUAACGGUGGUUUACUUCUAAAACAACAAGAAGAAGCUGACCCGUCUUUAGUUGAUAAAACUAAACUCUUCACAUCACGCGAGUUGGAGAAGGCCACAGAUGAUUUCAAUGAGAAUAGAAUUCUUGGCCGAGGAGGUCAUGGUACAGUUUAUAAAGGGAUGUUGGUGGAUGGAAGGAUUGUAGCAGUCAAGAAAUCAAAAAUAGUUGAUGAAAGCCAAUUAGAACAGUUUAUCAAUGAGGUAGUUAUUCUUUCUCAAGUCAAUCAUAAAAAUGUUGUCAAACUAUUGGGAUGUUGUCUAGAGACAGAUGUUCCUCUUCUUGUGUCUGAAUUUGUUCCAAAUGGUACAUUGUAUGAUCUUCUUCAUAACGAGACUCAAGAUUGCCCAAUUUCUUUGAACAUGAGAUUACAAGUUGCAACAGAGGUUGCAGGAGCACUUGCCUAUUUGCAUUCAGCAACUUCUAUUCCAAUAUACCAUAGAGACAUCAAAACUAGUAAUAUACUUUUGGAUGAAAAAUAUAGAGCCAAAGUUGCUGACUUUGGAACUUCAAGGUUCGUCUCGAUAGAGCAAACUCAUUUGACUACCUUAGUUAAAGGUACCUUUGGCUACCUUGAUCCGGAGUAUUUCCAAUCAAGCCAGUUCACCGAAAAAAGUGACGUGUAUAGUUUUGGAGUUGUUUUGGUUGAAUUGUUAACUAGAGAAAAGCCAAUUUCACGUACCAGGUUUGGUGAAAAUAGAAGUUUGGCUACAUAUUUUAUGUUGGCUAUGGAAGAAGGACGUGUUAUGUCCAUUUUUGAUGCACUGGUGGUAGAGGAAGGAACCAGGGAGGACCUACUAGCACUAGCUAACCUUGCAAUGCGAUGUUUGAAUUUGAAUGGAAAAUAUAGGCCAACAAUGAAAGAAGUAGCUGGAGAGUUAGAAACGAUUCGAACGACUCAUGUUCCUUUGGCGAUUCAAACUAAUACCAAACCCAUCAUAUAUGAAAAGGAAUUAGAGAUACUAACGUAUGGUGAAUCAUCGUCAACAUAUUUGAGUUUCAAUGAUAGCAUUACUCAAUGAUACAAAAUGGUCACUUGUUCAGAACCUAAUAAGUUUAUGAUUUCGUAUGGCCUUUUUAUCCAUUUCAAUAUUGUAAGUGUACAAGGCUUAUCUGUUCAUGUUGGGCUAUAUAUUAAUAAAAUCUCAUAUCUUUUUAGCCUGUA